AGUCACAAGACCUCUCAGCUGAGGCUGUCGUCUUUACUUGUAUUUGGGAUUUAUUGGAUUCUUUGAUCUUUAUUCCAAUUAUUAUUGGCUUGAUCAUAAUUCUAUGAUAUCCUAGCCAAAAUGGCUAACAUCAACGAGGAAAAUGUUAGUAAGCUUAUUGGCGAAGAGAAUAUUGAUAUGAUCGCCGCCACCAGCGUCCUGCAGUUGAGGGCCAGUGAAAUCCGCCAAACGGAUAUAAAAUGGCAAUCGUAUCUGCAGUCUCAGAUGAUCACGCAGCACGACCAUGACUUCGUGUCGGCCCUGGACCGUGGCAAGAAGGACCUUCCGGAUAAGAACCCCGAUGAGUGCUGCACGGUAUUCGUAAACCUGCUCACCCAUGUCAGCAAGGAUCACACUAUCCAGUACAUUCUGGUUAUGAUUGAUGAUAUCCUGUCUGAGAACAAGAACCGAGUGAAGAUUUUCCGUGAACACAACAAGUCGGGACAAGUCUGGCAGCCUUUCCUGAACCUGCUGAACCGCCAAGACGAGUUUGUGCAGCACAUGACUGCUCGCAUCAUUGCCAAGUUGGCAUGCUGGCACCCGCAGCUCAUGGACAAGAGCGACCUCAACUUCUACCUGACGUGGCUGAAGGAACAGCUCAAACAGAAUGCGGAGAAAAUGUCUGCCGAGUUAGCGCAUGCCGAGCAGGUUAUGUUGGCUCAUGAGAAACCGAUCGUGGACAAACACAAGCACAAGUACAAGGCCCCCGAAGCCCAGGGCAAAUACCACAGCCUUUACACCUCCUUCGACGACCUUGCGCCCCUCGAGGACCUGCCCCCGGGCUCCAAGAAGCACAUCGACUACAUCCAGUCGGUGGCGCGCUGCCUGCAGAUGAUGCUGCGUGUGGACGAGUACCGCUUCGCCUUCCUGUCUGUGGACGGUAUCUCCACGCUGCUGUCCAUCCUCGCCUCCAGGGUUAACUUCCAGGUCCAAUACCAGCUUGUGUUCUGCCUGUGGGUGCUGACCUUCAACCCUCUGCUGGCCGAGAAGAUGAACAAGUUCAACGCCAUCCCCAUCCUCGCCGACAUCCUGAGCGACUCCGUUAAGGAGAAGGUCACUCGCAUCGUGCUCGCCGUGUUCCGUAACCUCAUCGAGAAGCCUGAGGACAGCCAGGUGGCAAAGGAGCACUGCAUCGCCAUGGUGCAAUGCAAAGUCCUGAAGCAGCUCGCGAUCCUCGAGCAGAAGCGCUCCGACGACGAGGACAUCAUGAACGACGUGGACUUCCUCAACAACCGCCUGCAGGCUUCCGUCCAGGACCUGAGCUCCUUCGACCAGUACGCUACUGAAGUUAAGAGUGGACGACUGGAAUGGUCGCCCGUGCACAAAUCCGCCAAGUUCUGGCGCGAGAACGCGGCCCGCCUUAACGAACGCGGCCAGGAGCUCCUGCGCACGCUGGUCCACCUGCUCGAGCGUAGCCAGGACCCCGUGGUGUUGGCCGUCGCCUGCUACGACGUGGGAGAAUACGUGCGUCACUAUCCCAGGGGCAAGCAUGUUAUUGAGACCCUCGGCGGCAAGCAGCGCGUGAUGCACCUCCUGAGCCACGAAGACCCCAACGUGCGGUACGAGGCCCUCCUCGCCGUCCAGAAGCUUAUGGUGCACAACUGGGAGUACCUCGGCAAACAGCUGGAAAAGGAACAAAUCGACAAGCAGGCGGGCACCGUUGUCGGAGCUAAGGCUUAAGCAAUAUAUAUAUUUAAAGCUUUGUUGUUAUCGAGUAUUUAGAUUACGGGCCUCUAUUACUGUUACAAAUGUACUAAUAUGAUGUAACGCUGUUCAGUGUGACCAUGAAUACAUUUAACACGCCCUAAACUUUGUAAAUAAGUCCCAAUUCAUGUUACCUAAUUUCAAAUAGUAGAAGAGUAUUAUUGUUCAGUCAACAUUUAAAAGCAAUUUGAUUUAUUUAUUGUACACCUACAGUUGUUUUUAAAAGUAAGAAAGUCUAAUGAUUGUCAAUAUCCACAUUCCUAUUUAUAAUUGUUAUAUAAAAAUCGAUAUAUUAAUGUAUGCUUCAAGAAAAAUACUGUUAUAAUUAAUAAAAGUAAAUAAAGUGUUAGAAGAAUUUACGUAGCAACUUAAAGUUGUUGAGAGCUGCGACAGUAUUGUGAAUAAAUUAAAUAAAUAGCGCAAA